CAACAAUCCAACCAAGAAUUGGAGAUCUACCUCCACAUCUUCUGCCAGAACCAACCGCACAGCUGGGCAAAAUACCUUACAAUCGCUGAAUUCUGCCACAACCAACAACCACACUCCACAAAUAAUCAAUCACCAUUCUACCUCCUCAUGGGAUAUGAACCCCAAGGAAUCCCGACUGAAUACCAGUCCACAAAUAUCCCAUCAGUAGAAAAAUGA